GUGAAAAUGGUUGCAUUCGAACUAUUAUGAUAUCUUAUCUCUGCAGCUCCACCCCCGCGUAUGAUAGCAAUUAAAACUGAAAUGUAAACAAAAUAAAAACAAUUGAUUUUACAGAAAAUAAAUAAAAUUCCUAGUCAUGGUAUGAGUUUUUCAAUUCUCUGAAAAUCAUUUGAAUUGCCGAUUUGGGUAAAAAGUCAAAAUAUGAGUGGAAGAAGACUUCARUCCUGUCCUAYUACACUCCCACAAUAAUAGUCAUGUGGACUCCAACAAAAACAAACAAAUAUGGAGUUGUAAUAUACAACUGGCAUGGAGAUAAUCCAUAUGGGCUACAUCUUGAAAUCGGGGACACUGUCCAAAUCCUUGAACAAUGUUGUGGUUGGUACAGAGGAUUUAUCACUAAAAAUCGAUCUGUUAARGUGAGACAUUUCUACCAUUAUUUUUUUAGCAUUGGUUAGCACUCUUUUGAUAUUGAUAUCAU